AUGAAACACUGGCAUUUGUAUGCCCUGGGCCUCCUAGUCCUGGCCAGCUGUGUGGAUAGAGCCACGCCCUCCCUGCUGGCCCUCAAGAAGAAGCUUCUGUUUGGCGGAGGAGGCGGCGGCGGUUGGGGAGGUGGCGGUGGCGGCGGAUUCGGCUGGGGAGGCGGCGGAGGAGGAGGUUUCAAUGGCGGUGGAGGCGGUUACAACGGUGGUGGAGGUGGCUAUCACGGCGGCGGCGGCGGUUACAACGGCGGAGGAGGAUACCAUGGCGGCGGUGGAGGCGGAAACUAUGGCGGCGGUGGUGGAGGAUACCAUGGCGGCGGUGGCGGCGGCAAAACCAUUGACAUCUACGUCGUGAAACCUGUCUACAGCAGCGGAGGAGGCGGUGGCCACCGAUGGGGCGGCGGAGGAGGUGGCGGCUACGGAGGCGGCGGCGGUGGUGGCUACCAUGGCGGUGGCGGUGGAGGAUACCCCGGUGGUGGUGGAGGUGGCUACCAUGGCGGUGGUGGUGGCGGAGGACCCCAGUGGGGCGGCGGCGGCGGUGGAGGAGGAGGCGGUGCCGGCUCCUGGGCCAGUAGUAGUGCCAAUAGCUGGGCAGGAUCAGGAGGCGGUGGAGGAGGGGGCAGUGGCGCCUAUGCCAAGGCCUCGGCCAAUGCCUAUGCAGGAUCUUGGUAG